GAUAGAAACAUGAUUCUUGGUAGGGGAUCUUUUGUUACUCCUUCAGACACUGUUGCAAUUAUUGCGGCCAAUGCACAAUAAGACAUUCCAGCUUCCAGAGUGGUCCCAAGGAAAGACAGUUUUGUGGCUUUCUCAUUCAAUUUGUUUUAACAAUUGGACUCCGAAAAUUGCUAAUCCUUGCUGCUUUGUAGGGUUUAGCUUGAUCUAUGCCAACAAUCGGUGCUCUUGAUGGUGUUGCUCAAAAUUUGAAUCUUCCUUCUUUCGAGGGACAUACAUUGGUUCAGGUUGGAAAUUCUUGGGAAUCUAGUGGAUGCUGACAAAUUGUCAAUAUGUGGGGAAGAAAGUUUUGGAACUGGUUCUGAUCACAAACGUGAGAAGGAUGGCAUAUGAGCUUUGUUAGCUUGGCUUUCAACAAUUGCAUAUAGAAACAAGCAGAACAAACCAGGGGAGGGACUGAUUUCUCUCUGAUAUUGUAAAGGAGUAUUGGGCCACUUAUGGAAGGAACUUCUUUUUUAGUAUGACUAUGUGGAAUGUGAUUCUGCUGGAGCCAAUAAAAUGAUAGGGUAUCUUAAGGAUUUAGUUUCAAAGAGCAAGAUUGGUAAAGAAUAUGGUGGGUGGAAGUGUGGCAUCCAAGCUAGGUCUUCGGUUUGUUUUUGCUGAUGGAUCGACAAUCAUACUUCGUUUAUUGGGAACUGGCAUUGAACAGUUUGAGCCAGAUGAUUCUAAACAUGAAGGGCAUGCUCAUAUUGCACUGAAACCAUCGAUAGAUCUGGCGCUGUCUGUUUCAAAGCUAAAGACUUCACGGGCAGGGAGAAACCUACAGUCAUCACAUAGACUUGAGUUUCCAAUUGUUAUUCUCAUGUCAAGGACCCCUCACUAG